GAAUUUCAACUACAAGAAAAAUAAUAUAGAAUCUAUUUUUGGCUAACCCUUUUUUUUUUUUUUUUUUGUUUGGAGGAGCAACCCAAGUAUUUAAAGAGUAAAAUAAAUAAAAGUGUGGGUAUGAAAACAAAAACAAAAAUAAAAAAUAAAAAUUUCAGGCUGUAAAAGAAAUUACGAAAAGUUUAGGGGCCAGAAAUUGAAAUAUAAGUUUGGGCAGCAGAGCGAAAUUUAACGGAUUGUUUUUGCCGCUUUAAUUGAGUGUCGGAUCCGACACAACCGCUCCGCAAGGGGAAUUAUGAUUGCUACUGAUUUCCCCUGUGAUUGGAGCCCUAGAAACCCUUAAUUUGUUGCGAGCUCGAUUUCGCUGCCGGGAUGGGACGUUCACGCGCCGCCUCUCAGGCCGCCGCCGAUGACCCCGGCCAAAGUCGGUCAAAGAGAAAACGCACAACUCAAAAUGUGGAGAAUACGGAUAGCGCACCCCCUGUUCCGGGAAUAACUGAUGGAAAGAAGGCUUUAUACCAUUGUAACUACUGCAACAAAGACAUUUCGGGAAAGACUCGGAUCAAGUGUGUAAUAUGUUCUGACUUCGACCUCUGUGUUGAAUGCUUUUCUGUUGGCGCUGAGGUCCAUCCUCACAAAAGCAAUCAUCCUUAUAGAGUUAUGGAUAACUUAGCAUUUCCGCUUAUAUGUCCUGACUGGAAUGCAGAUGAGGAGAUGUUACUUCUGGAGGGUAUUGAAAUGUAUGGACUAGCAAACUGGAGCGAAGUGGCAGAACAUGUUGGAACCAAGAGUAGAUCACAAUGCAUUGAACACUACAACAGGGUAUACAUGAAUUCCCCAUGCUUCCCUCUUCCGGACAUGUCCCAUGUGAUGGGGAAGAACAAAGAGGAACUCCUUGCUAUGGCCAAAGGAAACGAUGAAACUAAGAAAGGAGCCACUACGUCUGGCGAAGUUGAUGGGAAAGAAGAGUCACCUUUUUCUGCAAGAAUCAAAAUGGAAGAUCAAAAGAAAGAAGGUCAAACAGGGCGUUCCUCCUCAAGCAUCUCUUACGAGGCAGGCGCUAUUGCAGGUUCUAGCUGUGCUAAAAUGUCAACAGGGGCGGGUAAGAGGACAUCUGAGAAAGCCCUCAGUAAGGAUGGUCUUAAUGCUCCUAAAGUGGAAGAGCUUCACUUGGACCGGAGCAUUGGGGAGAAAAAACCUAGGACAUCAGAGAAUGAGGGUGUUUCAAUGAAAGAAUUAAGUGGAUAUAAUUCUAAGAGGCAAGAGUUUGAAAUUGAGUACGACAAUGAUGCUGAGCAGUUACUGGCUGAUAUGGAAUUCAAGGAAACUGAUACUGAUGCUGAGCGUGAACUGAAAAUACGAAUUUUGCAUAUAUAUUCAAAACGGCUUGACGAAAGGAAACGUAGGAAAGACUUCAUUUUGGAAAGAAAUUUACUAUAUCCUGAUCCUUUUGAGAGGGACCUUACAUUGGAAGAGAAGGAACUGUGCCAUCGGUACCGAGUAUUCAUGCGAUUUCACUCCAAAGAAGAGCAUGAUGAGUUGCUGAGGAGUGUUGUUGAGGAGCAGAGAAUUUUGAAGAGAAUACAAGACCUUCAGGAAGCUCGGGCUGCUGGUUGCCGCACAGCUUGUGAGGCUGAGAGAUUCAUUGAACAGAAAAUGAAGAGGGAAUUUGAGGAAAAUGCCCGUCGAGUGAAGGAAAUUUCCCAGGCUGGUACCGGUGGCAAAUAUUUGCAAAGGAUCAAUCAUCAGAAAGGAGAUCAGGAUACUAGCCCCAGGGGAGGUAACAAGAGCCCAUCUGUAUUAGAUCCUGUUGGAAAGGAGUCCUCGUCAAUCCGUAGAGGAUUCAAUGGUUCUGACGUCUCUGAUAAGUGGGACGUGAGUGGGUUUAUAGGAGCUGAUAUACUCUCUGAAGCUGAGAAACAGCUAUGUGGGGAGAUCAGAAUCUUACCAGCACAUUACCUCAACAUGCUGCAAACCAUGUCAAUGGGGAUUUUAAGUGGAAACUUAACCAAGAAAGCUGAUGCGCAUGGCCUGUUCAAUGUUGAUCCCGGCAAGGUUGAUAAGGUAUAUGAUAUGCUUAUAAAAAAGGGGAUUGCUCAAACAUAAAUCACGCCCCCUUGUCCGUUGGUUCUCUCAGAAGGCUGAGGUCUUUGAUGCUUGCACAAUUUAAUUAUUAUCCCGCAACCUGCUGGAGUAGUACAUCUACCUCCAACUAUAAGUUACUUGAGAGAUCAGUAAGUGGUCUCCCAUCUGGGAGGAAAAUGGGCUAAUGUAGUUAUCUAUGCAUAUAAUAGAAAAUAGUGAAUCGAUCGAUUCUCAACCCAGUUGCCAUCAUAUGGUUGAUUUAGGUUACAUAAUAAACACUUACUAUUGAACUAUGUGGUUCUAGAAAGGGUGUGCUAGUGCUGUAUGUUGUAUCAGCUAGUUGGGUAUUUAAUUUUGGUCUAAUUACCAAGAAUCUAGAGUUUCCUGUAGAAUUAGAUGACUGUUUAUGACCAAAGAAGUUUAUUUUAAUGGUUUGAACAUUUUAUUUUC